AUGCAUCUCUUCCUCUCUGCCACCUUCUCUCUAGCCCUAGCAACAACCACCUCCGCCCUAUCCCCCCACCUAUCCCUAUCCACCCGUCAACAACCCUUCAAAACAACACCCAUAACCGACUUCUCCGAACCCUGGGCCUUCGCCUUCCUCCCCGACACCCGGAUCCUCGUCACAGAGCGAAAAGGCAACCUCCUCCUCGUGGACCCAACCACCAAGUCCAAAGCCAGCAUCUCGGGUGUCCCCGCCGUCGCGUAUGCCGGUCAAGGCGGUCUCCACGACAUCGCUUUGCAUCCACAAUAUGCGAAUAACAGUGUCGUGUAUAUAAGCUACGCCGAAAACGGUUCCGGCGGCGCAGGCUGCGCAGUCGCGCGCACCAAGCUGAGUCUAAGUGGUAGCAGCGGCGCACUCUCAGGUCUCGAAGUCAUCUGGCGGCACUCUCAGCGCGCCACAGGCGGCCUUCAAUUCGCAUGCCGUUUGAAAUUCGGUCCUGAAGACAACGCUCUAUACAUAUCCUCCGGCGAGAUAAACCAAAUGCACCCCGCCCAAUCCAUGACGUCUAACCUAGGCAAGAUAAUCAGGCUCUACGACAACGGGACUGCCUACGCCGGAAACCCAUUCGCUUCUCAAGGCGCUAUCCAAUCUCAGAUUUACACGCUCGGCCACCGAAACCCCCUAGGUAUCGAUUUCGACGCGCAGGGUCGUUUGUGGGAAGUCGAAAUGGGGCCGUUUGGCGGUGACGAGUUGAAUUUGAUAGUGCCGG